GUGUGUUUGUGUUGUGUCAUAAGUUUUGUGCAUCGCAUAAACUAAUUUUUUUAUUAUUAAAUUAUUCUUUAUUUUCUUAUUAUUUUACCAUAAAAUAUCAUAUAUUUUUUUUAUAAAACUCUUACAUUCUCAUUUAAAAUAGACAAGAAAUAUAAAUUAUGUCUGAAAAACCAACCGUUUUAAUUCUUGGAGGGUGUGGAUUUAUCGCACGUAAUUUUGUACAUUAUUUAGUUAAAAAUGAUUUGGCACAGGAAAUUCGAGUUGUUGAUAAGACACCACCACAAAUGGCCUGGCUCAAUGCCGAACACACUUUAGCCUAUGAAAGUUCAAAUGUUGAAUUUUUAAGUGCAAAUUUAAUUAAUUCUGCUUCUUGUAAAAAUGCAUUUAGUCCAUCAAAAAACGGUCGAAAUUGGGAUAUUGUUGUCAAUUGUGCCGCCGAGACACGUCCCAAUCAAACUGAUGCUGUUUAUAAAGAAGGAAUCUAUAAGUUAAGUAUCAAUUGUGCCACCGAAGCGGCCAACAUUAAAGCCAGAAGAUUUAUUGAAUUGAGUUCGGGGAGUGUCAACUCGAGUGAGAAGACUCCGCUGAAGGAAGACUGCAAGACAGAUCCUUGGACAGCUGUGGCCAAGAUGAAACUGAAAGUCGAAAAGGAACUCAAGACAAUGGACAAUCUGAAUUACAGUGUGUUGAGGUUGCCAAUUGUCUAUGGAGUCGGCGAUAAGAGAUAUUUAAUGCCUCGUAUAAUAAUUGCUGCGCUUUAUAAAUACCUAAAUGAGACCAUGAAGCUCCUCUGGAAUGAAGCCAUGAAACUAAACACAGUUCAUAUACUCGAUGCUGUGAGUGCCAUUUGGGAGGUUGCACAAAAUCCUAAAGCCAACCGCGAGACAUACAACGUUGUUGACGAUUCAGAAAGUACCCAGGGAACGAUAAGUGAUAUUCUAGCCGACAUCUUUGGCAUUAAUGUUGAUUAUUGGGGAAUCGUCAUGUCAAAUCUAACUAAGCUAAGCAUGUCGGAUACUAUAAGUGAAAUCAACGACAAACACAUGGGACCAUGGGCAGAAUUAUGUCAAAAAGAUGAUAUUACCAAUACUCCACUCACUCCAUACAUGGAUGAAGAACAACUUUAUCACAAGCACAUGCACUUGGAUAAUACUAAACUCAAGGAUCUCGGUUAUCUGUUCAAGAUGCCCAAAAUUACACGUGAUAGUGUUCGAGCCAUUGUUGAUGAUUAUGUUAAGCAAAAUCUUUUUCCAAGAUCCCUCGUCAUGUGAGGACUGUUAUUCUGGAUGAGAUUGUAUUAAUUCUAAUUUAAAAAAAAAAAAAACUGAUAUUUUUCUUACAAGUAAUUUUUAAUUUUGCGUAUUUCUACACGAAUUGUGUACUUAAUCGAUAUUAUAAAUAUAAAAUUGUAUUAUUUCUUUGGCAAGAUUUAAUUUUUCUAAUAUUUUUUUUUAUAUUUUAUUUAAGAAUUGGCAAACCCGAAUUUAUGUGCUUCCCAAUUUAUUUUUUAUAAAUCUAUUUAAAAAAAAUAAAAACUAUAUAAUUUGUAAACAGAGUGCUCUUAAUAAGCAAAGAAAAGACAACGCGUGCCUAAUAUAUAAGAAGAAAUUAAGAAAAAAACACUUUUAUACAUUUUAUUGUAGAUUCAUAAUUUUUUUUUUUAAAUGCUUCAAAUAAAAAUGAAAAAUCACUUUAUUGGUGAAUAAAUUA